ACACACAAAAUGGCUGUAUAAGUCAUCUUCCUUUGUGCUUAGUUUAGUUGGGUUGAUAAAAAAGAUAUUAAAUAGAAAAUGGCGGUUGUUGUCUUUGGGAGAAUAGUUCCGUAAUAAUUUCCAUUUUCUCUGUAUAUGUUUAGCUUGUUUGAGAUUAAUCUAAACAGUAAACUGAUGCAUACAGUAUUGUUAUCUUAAUUCAAAACAACUUUAUAUCCGAUGCCAGAUAUGUAUUCUUAACGAGAACUGAAUUAGUGCUAUCAACGCGGUUUUUCGCUGCGUCUAUUUGUCCACAUUAGCGUGUUGUGCUAAAAUGAACAUAACCCUUCGUGUAAGGAUGAUUCUACCUGUAAUAAGUGUGAAAAAUUAAAUGAGUGCUAUGAUGCUGCCGUACUACGGCUUGUUAUAGUGUCAGUGAUACAUUAAAAGUUUGAUAACAAUGGGUGAAACAGAAGAAUUUAAUACAUUAGCCUUUGAAAAACGAUUAAUGCAAUUAAAAGACACUCAAGAAAGUAUCCAGGGAUUAUCUUCAUGGUGCCUUAAACAACGGACACAUCAUAAAAAAAUUGUAUCAAGUUGGUUGAAUGUGUUGAAGAGGGUUAAGGUGGAGCAGAGGCUUGUUUUGUUUUAUCUCGCCAACGAUGUGAUUCAGUACAGUAAGAGGAAGAACUACGAGUUUGUAGAGAGCUGGGGGCUCAAUUUACAGAAAGCUACUCCUUUAGUCAGAGAUGAAAAAGUGCGACCUAAAAUACUGCGCAUCUUCAAAAUUUGGGAACAGAGAUCGGUGUAUGAUGAUGAAUUUCUAUCAGAUCUGACGGGCUUGUUAAGUGCAGGGGCAAUAAAGAAAACAGACGAUGAAUCUAUUGAAUUUCAGCCUACUCAACUUGUGAACAAAGUAAAGCAAUGUGCAGUAUUAGAAGCUGAUACGGACCUUAGACUGAAGGAUAUCCAUGACAGCCAUCUUGAACUAUCCGAUGCAGAUGCACUCAGAACUAGUCUUAAGGGUCUGUAUGAAGAGAGAAACAACAAGGAUGACGUAGAAAAGGAGUUGAAUGAUGGCAUCGCGUGCGUGGAGAGGUAUACGCAAGCGUUACAGAGAGAGAUAGUUGCUAGGGAAGCACUGCUAGCCCUCCUAACAUCUGCCAAUCAGUACUAUUCUACUCAGAGGGGUGAAGUUAAAGUCGUCGCCUAUGCAUACAAGAACUUUGGAGCAAGAGUGCGGGUAUUAAAACGCAAGCUGGACGAGUUGAUACCGACGCUGCCCCACGCGGCCCCGUCGCCGCCGCAGCGCGAUGAGGACGUGCCCUCUCCCGGGCCCGACGAGGAUUUAGACCUGCCGGCGCCCGCCGACAGGACCGAUGAUGAUGACAUUGCAUAUAAUAUCGACCAGACCUUUAAUACGUCAUUGGCGGCCGAUGGAUCUCUAUACAACUUGGGAUUAACCUCUUUUCUUACGUCUGAUAACCCAAUGGCGUUGUUCAACGAGUCGACGGAAAUUCUCAAUAGUGCCAACAAAAUCGAAGUUAUAAACAGUAGGCCGAACGAUAAGCAAGAUUUUACUAUAAAUGACGUUAUAAAAAACCUUAUUACCAAUGAUAAUAAUGCGAACGUGCCUGACAAUAACUCAGUGACGAACGCGUCGAUAUCGCAGAAGACACAAGACACACUGCCUGGGUUGGACUUGCUAACGCCAGAUACGCCCGGCAACCCGCCGCCGCCCACUUCCUUCUAUGGCACCAUGGAAAUCAAUGAUGAUCCAGAACCCGUUUACCACCCGGAACCAACCAGUCCAUGGAGUAGUAGUUGGAAUGCUCCGCGGCUGCCGCUCGCGGGCGCGGCCUUCGCGGAGCCGCCCGAGUCGCCGCCGCCCGCGCCGCCCGUGCCGCCGCCAGAACACUACCCGCGACAGGAGAUCGCGGCGGUAGAUGUGGAUCACCGAGGCAUCCUGCCCCCUCCACCGCCGCCGCCGGCGCUGCCACUCAUACCACAGUUGGAAGAUGUAGAUCAGAGGCUGUUACCGGCGCUGGCGCCGCCUGUGGCUCCCAUUCGACAUCCAACGAUACAUCAAGAUGUAGAUCACAGAAACCUAAUACCGUUAACACAUCAGCAGCAAACGCCGCGACCGAUAAUACCGAUCAAUUCGAUGGAUCAAGAUUACAGAGUGCCUCCCAUGGUGCCGCCGUCGGAUAUCGUCGAAAGCGUCGACAUGGACUUAUCUGAAGAUGAAGACACACAGGCUAUGUACCAAAGCGCACAGCUAAACCAAUCGGAGCGACGCCACAGCUUCAACAAUAACAACAAAGUUUUAGUCGGCGGUGACAACGGAAAGGUGCACAACGACAUGAACCAUACAAACCUCAUACAAAUCAACAGCGAGAAGAAGGAAUCGCGGUCCGCACCCAUCAUACCCCCCAUGGUUAACCCCUUUGACGCCAUGCCGCCCUCUCUCAAGAACUUCAACCUCCCUUUCCAACACACCUUCGAUCUAACAGAAGAAAACUCAAACGAUAGCGCCUACGAGGAAGACUUGCGAAACCGAGGACUUGACAAGGUCCCAGUCGAAGUCCGCAACCCCUCGCCGCCAUUCGAAGACUUCACCAGCGACAACUGGCAACCGCCUCAGCCAAGACCCUUUAUCAACCCAAGGUUCCCCCGAAAUUGGGGUCCGCGGACUAAUUUCAGGCCCCCAGCCUUUUCCCCCCAACAGUCGUGGCCGCGAAACGGCCCCCGACCCACAAACAGAUGGAUGGGACCCAGACCCAGGUUUUGGUGAAGUGAAGUGAUGUGUGUAGUGUUCUAUACUUUAUAAAAGACGAGGUUAUAAGGAAGUA